AUGGCCCCAACACUAGUACUUGCACUCGCCCUCAUAGCGCUUGUAUCUUUCGUGGUAGUGCAAUCCUUGCAAAAGAAGAGAGACACUAAGAAGCAUCCUCUACCCCCUGGUCCUCCACCUCUUCCUUUUGUUGGAAAUGUGAUCGGAAUCGACCCAGAUCAUCCAUGGUUAGCAUACUCGAGAUGGGGAACUGAGUAUGGGGAAAUCGUUUACUCCCGACUCUUUAGUCAGGAUAUCGUGAUCAUCAACUCCGAAAGAGUUGCGCAUGACUUGCUCGACCGUCGUUCACAGAACUAUUCCACGAGACCUCCAGGGCUUAUGCAUGUUCUUGGCUUUUUUGCUCAUGAAUACUCCACUGUCUUUCUACCCUACUCAGACAAGUUGAGACUUCACAGGCGAAUCUUCCAUGAAGCAUUCCAUUUAGAAGCAGUGUCAUCCUUCCGUCCGAUUCAACUGCGCAAUGCUCACAAUUUGAUACGAAACUUACUAACCUCCCCGGAGGUGUAUGGAAACCAUUUCCACACCUUCAGCACGUCUAUCAUCAUGUCAAUCUUGUAUGAUUAUUCUAUGGCGCCCGUUGAUGAUCCCUUUCUCGCGCUCAUUGAACGCUCACUUGAGAUAGAUGUAAAAGUACUCAGGCCCGAAGUUGCAGCUGUUGUAGCAGAGUUCCCCAUAUUGAAAAAACUUCCUCCUUGGUUCCCUGGAGCGAGCUUUGUCAGGGAUGCUAUAGUCCAGAGAACUCUCGUUCCCAUGAUUAUGGACAUGCCCUUUGAACAUGCUCAUGAUGAUCCUCAGGCGGCGGGGACGGCUGCACCAUCCGUGGUGUCAAAUGCAUUGAAACGUAUACCAGUCAAAACACAAGAUGAAGGGGAGGCCGCUGUUCUUGAGAAAGGGAUUAAGGAAUCCAGUGCAUCUGGUUAUGCUGCCGCCUCAGAAACUACGACGUCCACUUUGUACGUCUUCCUGCUCGCGAUGGUUCUAUAUCCCGAGGUGCAAACACGUGCGCAAGCAGAGAUUGAUUCCGUCAUUGGGGAAACUCUCGAAAGAUUGCCCGACUGGGACGAUCGCGCUUCUAUGCCCUACAUCAAUGCUGUCAUACUGGAGACGCUGAGGUGGUUCCCUGUCGUCCCUCUGGGUAUUGCACAUGCCACGGUAAAUGACGACAUCUACGAAGGUUACUAUAUUCCAAAAGGGGCUACCGUAAUAGCUAACGCAUGGUCUAUGGCGCGCAAUCCAGAUAAAUAUCCUAACCCAACGAGGUUCAUUCCCGAGCGUCACAUGUCAAAAGUCGUUGUCGAAGAGCCGUCAACACAUGGCGCUGAUGACAUUUCCUUUGCUUUUGGAUUCGGAAGGCGUAUUUGUGUUGGACGACAUGUUGCCGAGGCUUCUUUAUUCGCCGCAGUUGUGAAUAUUCUGACUGUUUUCCGGUUGGAACGUGCACCAGGAUGGAAUGUCGGGCCUGAUGCUGAAGGAGUGAAAUGGACGGGAGGCUUAACGACGUGA